GUCGCACGUCUUUCAAGCAGCAUCACCAGCAUUUUUAUAUUGGCGUCUCCCCGUCAUUCUCGUUCAGUUUGUCACUUUAAUCGGCAGUUCAAUCAUAGAAGGCGACGUCAUUCCAGUUGAUCUGCAAAUUUGUUUUCUUUAUCUUAAAAUUUUAUAGUUUUUGUGUGAGAAAAUACUAAAAACAAAAUAAGCUGACACAUAAGAAUAGUGAUGAACGUGCAGCUAGAAAUAGGACUUGAAGCCCGAAUUCCUGCAAUCAAACGCAACUAAAAGUGCAUUCGUUUGUGUAGUAGUAAAAUAAUUCUUAUCAGCAACAAAAUUUGCUUUUCAAAAAUUCAAAAAAGAACAGCUGGUAGCAACAGUUUGAAUCGAGCAAAACCGAAAGUGAAACACGCGCCGCGGUAAAGAUCAAUCCGUACGCCAACAAACGUGUAUUUAGCACAUAACUGUACUAAAUAAUUAACUAACUCUUGAACGAAUAGACCCCGAUACGACGAUGUUGAAGCGCUGUGCCACACGCGUCACGUGCCAAUUGAGUCGUUCGCGAAAUUUCAGCAACAAUGCCGAUGGCGAUGCCAAAGCGCGUCUGGGAAUUAUUGGUGUGCCUUUCUCGAAGGGUCAGGGUAAGGAGGGUGUAGAAAGAGCCCCUGCCCUCCUGCGUCAGCACGGACUGGUGCCGCUGCUCGAAGAGGUGUCCUACGGCAAUUUGCAAGUGCACGACUAUGGCGAUUUGCAGUUCGAUGUCGAUCCCAUACCGGCGGAGGCGCCCGAAUAUCGCAGCAUUAAGAAUUAUGGUGAAUUUAUGGGUUGUAAUAAGGCCUUGAUCCGUAAAGUGCAGCAGGUGCUGCAGGAGAACGAUCAGUUUUUGACGAUCGGCGGUGAUCAUGCGAUUGGAUUCGGCUCUGUCGCUGGCCACUUGCAGCAUACACCCAAUUUAUCGCUAGUAUGGGUGGACGCACAUGCGGAUAUCAAUCUACACAAUACCUCGGAAUCUGGUAAUAUCCAUGGGAUGCCUGUGUCAUUUCUACUCAAAGAACUGCGCGUCUUCUGGCAGCAUGCGAAACUCGAACAAACGGCGCCUGUUUGCUUGGCCGCUGAUCAGCUCGUCUAUAUUGGCUUGAGGGACAUUGACCCAUACGAAGCAUAUAUCCUGAAUAAAUUGGGCAUACGAGCGUUUGCAAUGGAUUCUGUGGACAAGUACGGCAUUUCUAAAAUCAUCGAACGUACGCUGGAUUCGCUGAAGCCACAAAAUAAGAUUCAUGUAAGCUUCGAUAUCGAUGCAUUGGAUAAGGCGGUAGCACCGAGUACUGGAACUGCUGUUUGUGCUGGUUUAACAUUGCGUGAAGGCAUUUCGGUUGUGGAGGCGUUGCGUGACACAAAUCGUGUACAAGGCAUUGACUUGGUCGAGUUGAAUCCCAGUUUAGGUAGCGAACAAGAUGUACAGACGACGAUUGCCUCCAGCUUGGAGAUAUUGAAAAGCAUGUGCGGUUACAAGCGCAGCGGUAGCUUUGCCAACAUAAACCUGGAUCUAUUCAAGACGGUGAAAAAUUAAUGUACUACUAUGAUAUGUACAUAUGUAUUUAGUAGAUUGCACGUUACGUUACACAUGUAGAUACGAGUAUACUUAGGCAAUAUCAAGAAAUAAACAUGUUUUAUUAAAGUAUAAUA